GGAGAUGCAAUGACCAAAGGCGUCAGUCAGUGCAAAUAAUUUAUUCACUCUACGGUAAUUGUUAUUUACAAAAAUUUGGAAUGUGUUGAAUUAUCGGUUUCAAUGCAUGCGAAAUAGAGAAGUGCCUGUUGCCAGUUAACAAAGUGUUGAAUUUCUGUGACCCAGUUUCCAAAAAAAGCCUUUGAGGCGUGAGGAAAAUAUUUUGGUUAUGUCUCGUACUCUUGAGACGUUUGGAGUGAAAACAAAUUAUUCUGCCCGUGUUGAAUGAAUAAUAGGUGAGCAACAAUUGAAGAUAGAUUGGUUUUGGUGGAGCGGAUCAAUUGAGACAUUCAUGAACUGAACGCUAUGCUCUGAAAAAUCGAACGUAGUGGGACAAUAAAUCGGGAGAUGACAUGAGAACAAUGUGCUCGAGUAUUUUAAUCGAAAAUAAUAUUAUUAAUUAGGUGCCGAUAGACACAAUGUCUGAGACUCCUAAGAUGGGGGUUCUUGGCUCCAAGGAAGAAGACAAAAGUAUUGAGAUGAGCAAAGAGGACUCUCCGGAGCGCUAUGAGCCGUACAGUGUUGAUAGGAAUGCUGACACGUAUGACACUGAAGCACUGAGCAUAAUGGAUAUCAAUGAUAUUAUUGGAGUGCAGACUGAACCCGUUGGAGACUCGACUCUGGAGGGAGAGAUGGCUGCACUCUCGGCGAUGAUGACGGAGGCGAAGAGUGAAGAGGACGUGGCAGUACAGGAUGAAUUGGGCGAAGGAGAAGACGGUAAGGAGGAGACUGGGGGGACAAUGUCGAGGGCAAAUGAGGGAGAAAAGGAUGCCUUGAAAGAAGGAGAUCAGGGAGUCGAGGGACGACUUGGGGACUCUGGUGAUUCGAAAGAAAAAAAUGAACAAUCCAGUGACAUCAAAGAAGACUCCACGAUCAAUAAGAGUCUUCAGUUGAUCGGAGAGGCAUAUAUUUCUGAUGACUCUCAGGAUAUCGUCUCCGAAGAAGAGAAGGAUAAGAAGCCAAAGGUCGUGUUCUCCUGCAAGCCUUUAGUAGACAAGCAGAGCAUUCAACCACUGGAGGACUCCACGGAUUUGAUCCAAGCUCCAUUGGUGUCUGAUGAGACUGAAUUCGAAGAGACCGUUGAACCCACCCCAACAACACCAGAAGUGCCAGGUGAACCGACAGAAGCUCUUCCUGAAAAUGUAGAUUCAUCAGGAGUAGUGCAAGGAGGUGAUAUCAAUCCCAGUGCUGAUUCGCCAAAAGAAAUAUCAGAAUGCCCACUAGAUGAAAUUCCACCAGAAACUCUGGACCUGGAGAGUGCAUCAGAAGCAUUGUCUCCUAAAGAUUCUUCUGAACCGCUUCCAGCCAGCAAUGAAAAUUGUGCAGAGGAAUCCAAAGAAGAAUCUCCCCCAAUACCAUCAGAAAAUCCAAUCGAAUCUUCUAAAGAACUCGAAACAAUCGAGCCUGAAAUCACCACAGAGGUAACUACAAUCGAAAAUGAUCAGGUGGAGGAAGGAGAAGAACUUGUUGAAGCUUCUCCUCUUGAAGUCCCAGAAACCUGCACCGAAGACAUACAACUACAUUCUCCUCAGGAAAAUGUCGACAGCGAGGAAGCGGAACCGGAGUCUGAACCAAUGGAAAUCACAGAAGAGGCACCUAGUGGACCUGCAGAGGAAGAUGAGCCUAACAAGAGUGAGAAUUUCGUCGAUCAGUUGUCCGAAGAAGUCAUCCCCUCAGCAGAGAGCAUUUCCAAGGAUAGCAUUGAACAGGAAAUAAUCCCAGCUGUAGAGGCAGAAGUGGAAACUGAUUCUAAUGCCGAUGUGUCGAGAGAGCAUCAGACAGAGACAUCACCUCAAGGUGUUGAAUUAGAAGCUGAACCAAUGGAGGUGGAGGAGCCAACAGAGGAGCCUGCUGAAAUUCUGGCUGAAAUUCCAGAAGAACUGAUGUCAGUUGAGGAAGAAAAAGAGGAAUUGGUUCCUGAUCCUAAAGAAGGGCCUCAGAAAAUUGAAGAACUAGUUCCAUCGACUACCGAAGCCGAGGAGGAAACUGGAGAGGAAUUACUUCCGUCUCCUCCUAAAGAGGAAGAAGAAAUUGCGCAGGAAUCGAUUCCAUCACCUCCUAAAGAGGAAGAAGGAGUUGCGGAGGAAUCGAUUCCAUCACCUCCUAAAGAGGAAGAAGGAAUUGCGGAGGAAUCGAUUCCAUCACCUCCUAAAGAGGAAGAAAGAAUGGUGGAGGAGUUGCUUUUAUCAACUUCUAAAAACGAAGAAGAAAUUGAAGAGGAUCCCCAGCAUGAAGAGUCCCCAAGGAGUCCAGUAAUUCUCAAAGAAGCUAAUGUCGAGGAUGAAUCGCCCUCUGAACCGAUUCCAUCCUUAAUUGAAGAGGAAAUGCCAGCAGAAGAGAAAGAAUCUCUUGUAAUUGAAGAAGUAAAAGACGAUUCGAAGAAUCUCUCUACUGAGAUCCAGUCUAUGAAUGAAGACCUAGAGCCCAAAGUUCUUGAAGAUGAACCCACCAAAGAAAUUCCGGAUCUUAAUGAAGUUACAGAAGCACAGGAGAUUCUUUCCGAAGCUCCGAAGUCUCUUCCAGAGACUCAGGAAUCUCUUCCAGAGACACAGGAGUUUCUUCCAGAGACGCAGGUGUCUCUUCCAGAGACGCAGGUGUCUCUUCUCAAAGAUCAGGCUCUUCAAGAGCUUCAGGAAUCUCUCCCAGAGCCUCAGGAAUCCCUCUCAGCAGCCCUAGAAAUCGAGUCUCUUGAGUAUUCGACUACUGAUGUUGAUCUGGCCAAGGAUUCCGAGGUUCUGGAAGAGAAAGCUGAAGUUGUAGCCGCUGACACCGAAGACUUAAUCUCAAAAACAUUCAAAGCUGUUCCUAGCCCCAAAGAAAUUUCCGAAGCAAUUUCCGAAGUUACGGAAGAUAUUGCUAACAUCCCCACCUCCCCACCUGAACCCCCAGAAGAGCUCCAACCGGAGAAGUCACCGCCAUCUCCAGAAACCGAAGAAACUCCUGAACUGGCGGGCAAAAAUCUUGAUUCCUCGCCAGCGUCACCUUCUAUGGAUGUUUCUCUACCACAAAAGGCUCCAAGUCCCUCAGUAAACUCCCCUGAACUCGAGAAGAACGAAGACAUCCAGUUGUCGGCACCUGUUCCAGAGCCAGAGGUCCAGGAAGACUUGUUCGAAGAAGUUAUAGAGUCUCUCGAACUCGUCUCAGAGGAAGCCCCCGCGGAAAUCAAUGAAAAAAAUCUAGCAGCUGAGAUAACAGGGAGCCCAGAGCCUGCGGAAGAUCUGGAGCAAGCGCUGAGGUCAAUAGAAUCCUCGACGAAACACGUGGAGAGAUCCUUUAACUUGGACCAACAGCAGAAAAUGGAUAUUCCUUAUGAGCUGUUAGCAGGUCUUCCUGGAAACCGCUCUCCGCCAUCGAAGUCUGAGAUAUCAGAACUAGAGUCUGCUGUGAAGUUCCUCCAGGAGUCUGAGGAGCAGGAGACUAUGUCUCCUCUAGUGCUCUCCCCCACAUUAAAGGAUAAUAUCGAGAACUCAGUUGAACCUCAGCAAUCAUUCCGCCCGGAGGGCGAACCGGAGGAAAUGGACUCUGCAUUGGACGAAAUAAUAACAGAUUCGAUAGAUAUUUCCGAGGCGGAGAUCAUAUCAGAAGCUGUCAAGUUGGAGAGUGAGAGAAAACGGAAGGAAGAAGCAACGAUCUCCCCGAAACCAUCGGCGAUUCCACCAAAAGAACAAGAAAAAAUAGAGAAGGUUGAAAAGCUGGUGGAUGAACCCCGAAAGGAACCACAGAUUGAGUCAAAACCAGUAAUGGAGCCGUUACUGUUAAAACCUACAAGAAAUCUUCCAAAAGUAUCAAUCCUGGAGGAGCGUUUAAGAGAGCCCCCGAAGAUCGAGAUUCCCAUGGCAGAGCCCAGGAUGAACGAGACCUCAACAAUCCCAAAGCCAAAUUUACUAAUCCAACGAGAUCAGAAAUCCAACUGUAAGAUGCUGGACUCCCCGAAGUGCCGUGAUGAAUCGAAAGUGGUCGAGGCACCCAGAAAGGACCACGAUAAACAUGAGAUUGAGAACAUAGGCUCACCCAGGAUAAUUCUAAAAAUAGCUAAAUCGGCAAUAGCUGAUUGUGCUGAACCCAGAUCACCCAAAAGUCCAAAGAUUCGUUCAGCUGCAAACUCCCCAAAUCCAGAGGACAGUCCUGGGCAAAAACUGGGUAAAAUCAGAAUGAAAUUAUCAAGAAGUGGACAUCCUUCGAUUAUCUCGAACGAGGCAAGUGAUGAAGUACAGAAGGGCGAGUCAUCAUUGGCUGGAUCCUCUCUCUCACCGCUCGGCAUGAAGAUUAAAUUGUCUAAAUCCGGGGAUGCUUCAAUCGUUCAACCAGAAAAAUUCGAUCCCCCAGAGGACAAGAGACUUGAAUCCCCACUGGGAAUGAAGAUAAAACUUUCUAAAUCAGGUGAUGCACCUGUUGAUGAAAGGAGGCUCGAUUCCCCCUUAGGAAUGAAAAUAAAGCUCUCUAAAUCAGGCGAAGCGCCUUCAAUCGUUCCACCGGACUUCAAAGACCUGCAAAAGCAUAAAAUUGAUAUGCAACAUUCACCAAAACGAACAGACUCUCCUCUCGGGAUGAAGUUCAAGCUCUCGAGAACAGGAGACGCAUCUAUAAUCCAACAGGUUGAUAAAUCAGAGGAAGACUCCAGAGAGAUACCCCCAGAAGCUCAGAGAAGAACGGAAUCCCCUCUGGGGGUUAAGAUAAAGCUCCUCAAGGGUGGAGAUGCCUCGAUAGUUCCGUCAGAUCACGAGGAUGAGCUGAAGCGUACGGACUCCCCCCUGGGCAUGAAAAUGAAGAUAUCUAAGAAGUGUGGGGCCUCAAUCCUCGAUCCUCCUGCUUCAGAGAACCCUAAGGACAAGCUGGAAAUUCCAGAACUACCCCCAAGACGUACAGAAUCCCCACUGGGGAUGAAGAUAAAGCUCUCAAAAUCUGGUGACGCAUCUAUAAUUCAUCCUGACGUCGUUGAUGAGUCCAACCAGGACAAGAGCAAGCCAUACGCCUCUCAGGAAUCUUCUAUAAUCCCUGAAGCCACCACUUCUCCAAUCGGAAUGAAGAUAAAGCUGUCCAAGACAGGUGAUGCUACGAUCAUUCAUAAAGAGGACGUAGAGGUAGGUCUGGAUUCUCGCAAGACCGACUCCCCAAUUGGUGUGAAGAUCAAGUUAUCCAAGACUGGUGAUGCCUCUAUUAUUCAGCCACCACUCGAAAAGGAGGGAAAGUCGAUGCUAAAAUCACCGGACACUUCAGCAAUUGAAUCCAUGAAAAUUAAAUUAUCAAGAACAGGACAUCACACGAUCAUCACCAGUGAGUCUGAGCCUCAUAAAUCCAAAGAAUCCCAAGAAGUUGCUGAAGUGACUAUUGAACCAGUAGUGUACAAACCACCAGAGCACGAAUCUUUCAAGCGAAAGGAACCUGCUGUGGUUCCACUUGAGGUAAAAAAAUUCAAAUUGGAGGCCAAACUCUCUCACAUUCUUCCAGAUGUGACGAUCCAGCCAGUCGUUCCCAGAGAGCACAAGCCCCAGUCUUUAGCAACAUCGGUCAUUAGUAGACAGCAGAUGAACGUGAUAAAACGAGAGAUUAGCAUCACUCAAGUGCGCUCACUGGCUCAGGGCUUCAAUCAAGUUGAAAAUGAACCUGAGGAUGUUGAAAUUAUUGAGCCACAUCCAGAACUGAUAAUUGUGAAUGAGAAUUCGAAUUCGAGUCAGGAUGUCAUGAUAAUUGAUGAGGUGCCACCGCUGAGGGUUCCAGAGGUCAAGGUCCCGAAGAAGCGAGGGAGACCGAGGAGAAUCGGUCUACCUGUGGUGGAAGUUGUCCCUCAAGAUCCUCUCGCUCUAGACGAACCAAUAAUGAGUUCUGCUGAGCCGAAGGAGAACGAGCGGCCCAAGAGGACGUGCAGUCGUCAGAAGAGUUACGCUCCCCCAAAGCGGGGACGAGGACGAGGAAGGGGGAAGAGAAAGCUCGAUAGGACGGAUUAUCUGAACGCCAAGAAGCCGAGGCUCGAGCAGAAUCUGACCCUCAUCGAGAGCAGAACUACUUCUUUGAUCAAUCUUGAUGAUGAGGUAGCUUCUGAAAAUUCUUCGGAACUUUACAAAGUCUUGAGUCAUCCAUUGAAGGGACAGGCACUCGAGGUGGAGGGUUUGGAGAUGGAUGCUGGAGGUCGACUGGUUGGUUUGGGGGGCAAGGGGAAGAUGGACGACGGAAAGGAAGGGAAGGAGACUUUUGGGGCUCCUGACAGCCAAAACUGGCUUACACCGAGCUCCAAGAAGAUUCUGGAAGGGAGGAGCGAGAUUUCUACGGUUCAAGUCAUCGAUGAGGAGACCAGGAUGAGUGCUGAGUCCUUUUCGAGGUCACAGACACCUGCGCGGAGCAUUUCGGUGCACGCUGGCGAACCAAUAAUCAACGAGGAGUCCCAGGGCAGUGUCUUGAGUACAGCAACAACUGAAUCCGAAAAAGUCAAGGUGAAAAAUCGAAGAAUGGAGAUUAGUUUUGAUCCAGACGAGGGCCCCUUCACAGUUGAAAAAAUAGCUGAGUAUGAGUGGCCAACUGAUCGUAAAGGUGACACUUUCAUGAUUCAGGAGCAAAUAUCUCAGUACCUGGGAGUUAAAUCCUUCAAACGAAAAUACCCAGACUUGAAGAGACGAAUGGUGGAUAUGGAGGAGAGAAAUCACCUGCGUGAGAACGGUCUCGUCAGUGAGUCAAUGUGCGAUAUGGGACUGACUGCUGUCUGUAGCUCCGAAGUACUUGACAUAAUGUGCAGUGAUUUUCCUGAUCAGUACGAGGAGUACAGAAAGCAUAUGAGGGAAAAGCAGAUAAAGGAGCACUCGAAGAAGCAGAAGGAAUUGACAGCUGCUGCCAAUGCUGAGAAAAAUAGAAUUGAUCUGGCAGAGAUGGCUGUGCAAUCAGCACUCUCCUGGAAUGUUGGCUUCAACAAGGCGAGAAAAGAGUCCAGAAAGUGCAGUUUAGAUCUCCAAACAUUCACCAUUCAUGUACCCAAAAAACAGCAGAAGGUCGAGGAGAACACAAGUAUCAGUCAUUACCCAGUUGCAUUGAUUCCUGGACAGUACACGGAUUAUUACAGGGAGUAUACACCAGCUGAGCUGAGGUACUAUCCUCUCAAUACUGUUCUCUAUGGUCCCAUGAGGCCCAACGAGAGGAAAUUUGAUAGCCAGUCUGAGGGAUCACAGAGUGACAGCGACAGUGACACCUCCUCCGAUGAUUCAAGCUCAUCCAGCAGUGAUGGCACUCAGGACACUGAGGGAUCCCAGUCCACCAUGGAUGACGUUGACAUUGAGUUAUCCAAUCAGAAGGACAAAUCCCUCAAGUGCAAAAUGUGCUUGAAAAAUCUCAACAAGUUCAACAAAGCAGAGGUGCAGAUACAGUGUGGCACAUGCAAUGGUUAUGUUCAUCCUUCCUGCAUUGAUCUGACUCUUGACAUGGUACCGCAUAUUCAGGCCUACGCUUGGCAGUGCACUGACUGCAAAACUUGCGCUCAAUGCCAUGAUCCUGCUGACGAGGACAAGAUGCUGUUCUGUGAUAUGUGUGACAGAGGCUAUCAUAUAUACUGUGUGGGCCUGCGAAGAGUGCCCCAAGGGCGCUGGCACUGCCAAGAGUGUGCCAUGUGCGCGAGUUGUGGGUCUCGAGAGCCUGGAGGUAUGGUAUGUGCAGACAGGAACAGUGUGGCCCAGUGGCAACACGAGUACAAAAAGGGAGACAAAAAUACCAGAGUUUACGUUUCUACUCUCUGUGUUCCUUGCUCAAAACUGUUUGGAGAGCAAGGAUCUGAUAAUAAAUCGGAAAAAUUACCAGUGUGAUUACUGCAUACUGAACCGACAGCAGAUGGGAAAAUCUUUGGUAUCCAAAGCUUUCAAAUGAAGAUCAGAAAAAGCAACGACGAUUGGUUUUUAUCUGUAUCUCAAAGGCUGUUGAUCAACUACUUGUUGUAUUGUUUAGAAUCUAUUUUCCACACUGUCUGAAGAUAUUUUGAUUAGUAUUGAAGACGUCCAUUAUUGUUAUUUAUCGGACUAGCGAAUGAUUUCACAUUGAGUUAUACUUAUCCUUUCAUUUUUACACCUUUCCUGCAAUCAGUCAAAUCCUCCAUUGAACAUACAUCAGUUAUUUUCUACUUUAUAAGAGCUUUCAUGCAUACCUUUUCAUUAGAAUUAAGAAUUUAAUAAAUAAUUCUGACAAUUGGAAAGCCAAUAAUGCAGACAACUUCAAAA